AUGGAUUCCAGAGUCUGGCACGUCUUCCAGAAGGAGCUCACCUGUCCCAUCUGCAAGAAGUACUUCAUUGACCCAGUCACCAUAGACUGUGGGCACAGCUUUUGCAGGCCUUGUCUGUACCUCUGCUGGCAAGAAAUGUCAGAUCUUAGUUUGUGCUUGAAAUGCAAGACAGUGACAGACAAGAGAGAUUAUAAAACAGACAUUAGCAUCAAGAACCUGGCAGUCCUUGCCAGAAAAGCCAGUCUCCAGCAGUUUCUCAGCUCAGAGGAGCACACGUGUGUGGUGCACAAGGAGACAAAGAAGAUCUUCUGCAAAGAGAAGAAGAAGCUGCUGUGUGUGCUCUGCUCUGACUCUCAGGAGCAUCAGGGUCACAGACACCUGUCAGUGGACUGGGCUGCCGAGGAGCACAGAGAGACCCUCCUGAAGACAAUGAAGUGUUUAUGGGAAAACCUUUGUGAAAAUAGCAGAAACAUGAAUAUGGAAAUAAUCAAAACCAGAUCAUGGGAGGAUUAUGUCUACACAAGGAGAGAAGCAAUCAGAGGUAUAUUUCAGAAGAUGCCUCUAUAUCUCCAGGAGGAGGAGCAACACCAUUUGGAGAUCCUGUACAAAGAGGGCAGGGAAAUUUUUGAGCAACUCAACGAAAGUCAAGCCAGAAUGGCUCACAAGAGGGAGACUUUAAGAGGAAUGUAUAAGGAACUGAAGGAAAUGUGUCACACACCAGAUGUGGAGCUACUUCAGGCUUUUGAAGACAUCCUGCCCAGGUGUGAAUCCAUGCUCCUGCACAUGCCCCAGCCUGUGAAUCCAGAGCUGAGUGCAGUGCCUAUCACUGGAUUGAUAGAAACCCUCAGAUGCUUCCAAGUGACUGUCACUCUGGAUCCUGAAAGAUUCAACCGGCACAUGUUCCUACAGGGAGAUCUCAGAGGCCUGAACAUUGGUUGUUUUCCUCAUGAUGUGCCCUGUCUCCCGGAGAGGCCCGGAUGUUUUCUGUCAUGGGGUGUUCAGACUUUUACUUCUGGCAGAUAUUACUGGGAGGUAGAAGUAGGAAACUCUUGCAAUUGGGCUUUUGGUGUUUGUAAUGACUUUUGGAAAGACAGGAACAGGAAUACCGAGACAUUUGUCGAUGAGGGACUCUUUCUUAUAGCAUGUGUUAAGGAAGAUGCCCAUUACAGUUUCUUCACCACCUCUCCACUUUCAGUGCAAUAUGUAGCAAGGCCAAUUAAUCGCAUAGGACUGUUCCUGGAUUAUGAAGCUAGAACUAUGAGCUUUCUUGAUGUUGAUCGCAGUUCCCUGAUACAUACCAUCCCUUCUUGUUCCUUUUCUAUUCGUCUCAAGCCUAUCUUCUGCUGUUGUCAUUUAUGA